AUGAACAAGGAUUCUACACCUCCCUUUUUGGCACAACAGAUCUUCGACUGUCUCCGGAUCCUUGAGGGCGGCAGCUUGCUUCACAGCUUCGAGACGAUAUCUCGUUAUGUCCGCACAGUCUUGAAGGCUAUUUUAAAGCUCCAUGUGAUUCUAUUGGUGAAGCCAGAACCAGUCCCUAAUGAGUGUGAUGAUCCCAGAUGGAAAUGGUUUAAGGGGUGUUUGGGAGCCCUAGAUGGUACGUACAUCAAUGUUUUGGUGCCAAAUAAUGAUAAGCCACACUAUAGGACUCGCAAGGGUCAAAUUGCAACUAACACACUUGGAGUUUGUGACCGCAAUAUGAAGUUCGUAUAUAUUUUGCCCGGAUGGGAAGGGUCUGCAGCAGAUGCUCGCGUACUCCGGGACGCGUUGAACAGGCCACACGGGCUAAGAGUCCCACGAGGAAACUAUUACUUGGUAAACAACGGAUACGCCAAUAGCGAGGGAUUUUUGGCACCCUAUAAACGAGUUCGCUACCAUUUGAAGGAAUGGGGUCCGUCCAAUGCAAGACCACAAAACGCAAAGGAAUUAUUCAAUCUUCGUCAUGCAAAAGCACGUAAUGCUAUCGAGCGUGCUUUUGGCGUUAUGAAGAUGCAAUGGGGGAUCUUAAGGAGUGCUACAUAUUAUCCGAUCACUGUCUAA